AACGCUUCUCGUCCCACACUUCCUCCGUUGCGCUCGCUUUGCUUGCCCGACAUUCGCCUCCGCCGAACAAACGUCAACGUUCCCGCCAUGCAAUUCACGAACACUAAUACUAAUGACCUCCUGCCGCCGCUCCCGCUCGAAUUCAAUCAGAGCUGGCCGCGCGCUCGCCAAUCCUCCGUCUCCUCUGUGACUUCCUCGUGUACUUCUUCCUCGCGCGCCUCCUCGCCCACUGAGGCCUGGUCCGCCCGCCGUCAAUCCAUCACUCGCACCGUGCGCAGACACCAUCCGUACCUCGCCGGGGAGAAAUACCGUGUCGUUCUCUCGGACAAGUACGAGGAUGCAGAUGCAAUGCUCGUCCUACCCCUCCCCGCGGAUGCCGUUGACGAGAACAACAGGCCUAUUCCUGAGAAGCUCAAGCAGCACAAGGGCGGCAAGGCGUACCUUGUCGUUGGGCCUCUCGCGCGCGAGCUUCGCGAUCCUCAGAACCGCGCCCGGCUGAGGGCGGCUGUUCACCCGUACCGUUUCGUCCCGCGUAACCCUUCGACGCCCUCCAACUCCUAUGCGACACCCACGAAUUCUUCAUUCCCGCAACGCCGCGAUUCUUCGUCGUCCGACAUGUCGGGCUCGGAGAUGUCAGCGUGAACGUAACGAAUGCUUCACCUCCCUUCACCGCGAUGCACAUACUACUCCCACAUCUCCUCCUAUCACUGACGGUUCUCGAUUCCCGCUUGGACGACGGUCACGACCUUACGCUCACGCCGGACGCUGUCCUACGCCCGAUAGACGACCAGCAUGGACGCUCCGCUCGCAGCAUACCCUCCACUGUCUCCCUACAUACCACACGCUGUAUCGAUUGCU